UACCUUAGCAAUCUCGCAUUCAAGUUGCCAUCCCUCUUUUGUCUUGGUGGUAGAGAAAAUCCACAUCAAGAUCAAAAGUUUUAAGGGUUGGUGCUCGUGUUGCAAAACUAGAAAGAAAAUAAUCUUGCACUCUUCAUUACAAAAUCUCAUUGCCCCCCUCCUCCUAAAUCUCUAUCAACCAUGGCUUGGAACUGGAAAAAAUGUUGCUGCUGUUGCUGCGUUCUCAUAAUCGUAUUUUUCAUUGCCAUCCUCACUGCCACGCUCGUCAUUCGCGAAUACAGCCCUCAGCAUUCGAUCAACUACCAGGUGACCGAUGCAUCGCUGACCCAAUUCAACUUGACGACCAAUAAAAUCCUCCAGUUCAAUCUAGCCACCACCAUAAAUGUUGAAAACCCUAACAAGAGGUCUGAUUUCCACUAUGAGAAGUUUGAAGCCGUCGCUUCUUACAAAAGCCAGGAUUUGAAAAAUACUAACGUCGACCCGUUCGAGGUAGAACACAAAGGUAAGCAUCCUUUGAAAGCAGUGUUCAAGGGGGAGCAAUCGGUGUCUCUUCUGGAUGAUGAGGUUUCAAAGUUUAAGGCCACCACGGUUUUUGAUAUCGUUAUCAAGUUGAAUGUCAAGCAUUGGGCCAAGUAUACUACAUUCAAGAUUACUGACGAGAUGAAGAUGAAAUGCAACUUGAAGGUUCCUUUAAAUUCCAACGGAAAAUCUACUGAAAAAUUUGAGGUUGCUAAGUGUGAUAAGGAAUAAAUUUUUCAUGGGUAAUGUACGUGGUUGGUUGUGUAAGAUGGGGAUUGUGUUUUUUGUUUCUCAAAUUAAUUCAUAAAUGAAAUUUUUUUUGUUUUCUUUUA